AUGCCAUCGGUCGUCCAGGUGUCCAGCCAACCCACCGGCUCGACCUCGUGGUCGGAUGGGGACGAGGAGCUGCCCUCAGAUCUGGUGGCCACCGACGAGCUGUUUGAUGGCGCUCCCGGCGAGUCGUCGCUCUCGUCGCUGCAGUCUGCCGAGGCUGUCGUGGCACCCAGGGAGUACGCCAAUGUCAACCGGCGGCUCCCUGCCGACCGCUUCGACUAUCUGGCUCGCCCGCUGGAGUGGCCUGCGCUCGAGUCGAUUGGCCUCGCCGUCGACUGGUCCGAGACCCUCGGGCGCGGCGCUUACGGUGAAGUCUAUCGCGUCGACCGAGUCGGGCGCAAUCCGCCUUGCGACAGCCUCCCGGACGGCGUCUCUCUCCCGCGCCGUCUCCGCUGCGGCGCCGAGCUCUGUGUCAAGACCCUCGCCAACAAGCCGGUCCACAACCGCGGUCCGCUCGAUUCCGACGUCUGGAUGGGCCGUGUCGCCAAGGAGAUCCACAUGCUUAAGCUUGUGCAAGGAGGGCCAAACAUUGUCGCCUUUGGCGGCUCGUACGUCACUGCCGGCUCGGACGUCCGCCUCCUGCUCUUUGAGCGCAUCGAGUCGUCGUCGUUCAACACGCUCUUCCUUGCCCUCAAAGGCCUCGAGAUUCCGCUGUACCUGUACAAGCUCCUCGCUGCGCUUGACUUUACCCACUCCCGCGGUCUCAUCCAUCGCGAUGUCAAAGGUGGCAACAUCCUGUACAACCGCGCCUCACAAAAGCUCCGCCUCAUCGACUGGGGCUUUGCCGAGUUCUACUUUCCGGACGCCACCAUGUCGUCGUGGCCCGGCACCCGCAACUACAAGGCACCCGAGCUCUUCCUCCACUACCGCCAGUACUCGUACGCCGUCGACAUGUGGGCCUUUGGCUGUGUCAUGGGCACCCUUGUCCUCAAGCGCUUUCCGCUUUUCUCCUCGGCCCCGCAUGCCGACAAGCGCGUCGCCAACAGGAUGCAGCUCGCCUCGGUUGUCCGCUACCUCGGCCUCCGUGACUACGAGGCCUACCUCGCCGCCUAUGACUUUCCUGCCCGUGCUCUCGUCGACUACUCACCCGACGCGCUCUACAACCGGAGCCGCAAGUCUCGGUCCAAGGCAAAGGCAAAGGCAAAGGCAAAGUCGCCGCUGCCGAGCCCGCCGCCAACCACCACCUCGACCGUCGACGAGCAGCAUGAGGUGGCGACGUCGUCGCUCGACGACUCGACACCACGAGUCAAGGAAAAGGCGACGAAGAAGAAGAAGAAGAAGGCCAAGCGCAAGGCCGCGGCCCACCUCGACCGCGUCGACUGGCGCCGCCUCGCCGCCGCCUACGAUGACGGCCGCGCCACCGACGCAGCGCUCGACCUGCUCGACCGCGUCCUCGUUUACGACCACACCAACCGCCUGACAGCCGCCGAGGCCAUGCGCCACCCGUACUUUGACGAGGUCCGCUCCCGGCUCGGCACCUCGUGGGACAAGCCUAUUCCGCUCGGGCUCUCCAGUACCUCGAUCUCGACCUCGUCGUCCAUCUCGGCUUCGGACUCGUCGACCUCGUACUCGACGUUCAAGCGCCGCGAGGCGUCCGGUAACUACCUGUGAACGCACCUGUGCCUCAUGCGUCGUUUGCAAUAAGCAUCGUCUCCUCCUGCAGCUGCGCAAGCCGCAGCUUUUGCUCCGCAA